GUAACUAUUCAAACUUCUGAAGCGGUUGGCUCAAACGGUUAAAAACAAAAAGAAAUUAGAGAGAAAAAUUAACAAAUAAAUUAAAUAAAAAAUAGUUUAAAAUUGCAUUAAUAAUAGAAACAGAAAGAAAAAUUUAAAAAGGAGAAAUGAAUAAAAAAAUACGUGUGUGUGUUAUAGGAGCGGGUACAGCUGGCUUGUCGGCGGUGAAAAAUUCUUUAGAGCAUCAUUUGGAAGUGGUGUGCUAUGAAAGGGAGAAUCAGGUAGGUGGCACCUGGGUAUACGAAGAUACCGAUGCCACUGUACAGUGUGAUGAGGAGGUACAUAGUAGCAUGUAUCAGGGUUUAAGAACAAAUCUGCCUAAAGAGGUCAUGGGUUUUCCCGACUUCCCCUAUCCGGAAAAGUAUGAAUUGUCAUUUGUCACUUCCGCCGAUGUUUUAGAUUAUUUGAAUCUCUAUGCUGAUCAUUUCAAACUAAGAAAUUACAUUAAAUUUGAACAUGAAGUGAUACGCGUUAAACCACGUCUCAAUAAGGAAUGGGAGAUCCAUGUUUUGAAUCACAAGACAAAUGUCUUGAGUAUAGAAUAUUUUGAUAGAAUUUUUGUUUGCAAUGGCCAUUAUACGAAACCCCAGUACCCGGAUAUACCCGGCAUGGAUAUUUAUCGUGGCCUGCAGUUACACAGUCAUCUCUAUCGUACGCCAGAAAAGUUUAGGGAUCAAACAGUUUUGGUUAUUGGUGCUGGGCCCAGUGGCAUGGAUGUCACUCAACAUAUUGCUAAAACGGCUAGACAAGUAUUUCUCAGUCAUCAUUUGCCCGAAACGCCACCCACCGAUUUCAUGGGACCCGUAACACAGAAACCCGAUGUCCAGUAUUUCACGGAAACGGGCGCUGUCUUUAAGGAUGGCACUGUAGAGGAUUUCGAUUGUGUUGUUUAUUGUACCGGCUAUCAAUACUCAUUUCCCUUUCUGAGCUGUGAUUGUGGCAUUUAUGUGCAAAAUAGUCAUGUCCAGCCCUUGUACAAACAAUGCAUCAAUAUCGAGCAUCCCUCGAUGGCCAUUAUUGGUUUGCCGUUUUUAGUUUUGCCCACCCAAUGUUUUGAUAUGCAAAUACGUUUUGCUUUGAAAUUCUUUAGCAAUGAAUUGGAAUUUCCCUCGAAGCAGGAAAUGAUGGAUGAAUUGCAGCGUGACUUGGCGGAGCGCAAGGAGAAGGGCAUGCGGCAAUGUGAGGCCCAUAAAAUGGGACCCAAACAGUAUGAAUACUAUAAAGAAAUGUGUGAAAUGACUGGCAUUACCAAUAUUAAACCUGUGGUGGCGAGUAUUAUGCAAGAUUGUAGCAAAAAGUAUAUUUAUGAAUUGGAAACAUAUCGCACUUAUAUAUUCAAGAUUUUAGAUGAUGAAAAUUUUGUGAAAAUAUCUCCCAACUGAUAGCUUAAAUACAUAUAUUGUUGUAUAAUUUCUUUAACCUUAUUUUUUAUUAGUAAUAGUUUAAUAAUAAUAAAAUUAUAAAGUGUUGGGUUUUAGAUUUUAAUUAACGGCUGUAAAUACAUAUAAUAGUUUGAGUUUUUUUUUAUUAAAAUGAUUUGUUUUUUUAUUUAAUGUAUUGUAUAUAAUCUACGCUCAAUAAACUUGAAAAUAAUUAUGUA